AGGUUUUAAAAAGACUAUUUCUUGUGGUUGCUUGCAAUGGCGACGGCGGGAUUGUAUCGACGCCUUCUUCCUUGUCCUCCCGCCGUCGAAUUUGCUUCCUCACAAGGCAAGGAACUUUUUCUUGAAGCCAUUCACAAUGGAACCAUGGAAGGCUUUUACAAGUUGGUUUCCCACUUUCAAACACAAUCCGAGCCCGCUUUCUGCGGUCUCGCUAGCUUGUCUAUGGUCCUCAAUGCUCUUGCCAUUGAUCCUGGAAGGAAGUGGAAAGGGCCUUGGAGAUGGUUUGAUGAAUCUAUGUUGGACUGCUGUGAAUCUCUAGAAGAGGUCAAAGUUAAGGGCAUCACGUUUGGGAAGCUUGUGUGUUUGGCUCAAUGUGCUGGGGCCAAAGUUGAUUACUUUCGGGCUAGCCAUAGCACCAUUGAUGAUUUUCGUAAAUAUGUGAUCAAGUGUUCAAUGUCUGAUGACUGUCACGUUAUCUCCUCAUACCAUAGAGCUGCCCUUAAGCAAACUGGAACUGGUCACUUUUCUCCUAUUGGAGGAUAUCACGCUGGAAAGGACAUGGCACUUGUUUUGGACGUUGCACGAUUUAAGUAUCCUCCCCAUUGGAUUCCUCUUAAAAUUCUUUGGGAAGGUAUGAAUUAUAUCGACGAGGCUACUGGACGAACUAGAGGAUUCAUGCUUGUAUCAAGGCCUCAUAGGGAACCUGGAUUGCUUUAUACUCUGAGCUGCAAACACGAGAGUUGGAUUAAUAUUGCAAAAUUCCUAAUGGACGAUGUUCCUCUUCUAUUAAAAUCAGAGAAUGUGAAAGACAUUCAUCAAGUUGUUUCAAUUAUAGUCUCAUCACUGCCAUCCAAGUCUGAACAAUUUAUCAAGUGGGUGGCAGAGAUCAGGAGGCGAGAGGAUGGUGGUCCAAGUUUAAGCACAGAGGAGAAAGCAAGGCUUGCUAUCAAGGAAGAGGUAUUGAAACAGGUCCAGGAGACCGGCCUUUUCAAACAUGUAGCUUCCUUUCUGUCAAAUUCUUGCAGCAGGGAAUCACCAGAUGAUGCAGAUGCGUUACCUGCCAUUGCUGCAAGUAUUUGUUGUCAAGGAGCAGAAAUUUUUGCUGGGAAACCUUGGUCACAAGCAGGGUAUAGCUGUAAAGUAACAUGUAUGAAAUGCCUGAAAGUUGAAGAUGACAAGCCAAUAACAAUGGUUUCUGGGACUGUGGUAAAGGGUAACACUGAGCAAGGUGUUGAUGUGUUGAUUCCUUCAUCGAAUAGGAAAUUAUGUAGCAAUUGCUCUAUGAGGAUGCAUCCAGCUAGCACUGAUGUGCUAACAGUGCUUCUACUGUCCUUACCAUCUACAACAUGGGCCGGCAUCAAAGAUGAGCAGCUUUUGACAGAAAUACAAUGUCUGGUUUCAACUGAAAACCUUCCCUCUUUGCUUCAAGAAGAGGUUCUGCAUUUGAGACGUCAGCUUCACCUUCUCAAGAGAUGUCAAGAGGGUAAGGUUGAUCAGGAUCUUGGUGCUCCUCUCUCUUAGCAUCUCACAUUUUUUAAUCAUCCAUCUCGAGGCCGAACCAGUUUUCCGUAGUCUUGACAUAUAAAAUUUAGAUUACCAUACAAGUGUAAAGUCACUUAUUGUAUUCACCUUAUUUUUGACAACUGAAAUAC